AACGGUACCCUAAAUUCUAGUUAAGUGUAUACGGCGGUGAUCGUGCGCUCCAGUGCGCAUGACCAAAAAUUCCCACGAAAGUCCAUCACUGGUCAAGAGUCUUGAGUCUUGACUCGAGACUGAAUAACGACGCCUUUUACCGUGAUUAACCUCUUGCGCUUCGGAGUAUAGGUUAAGUUCAUCCGUGGCAAAGAACGAAAUUAUGCAUUUCUUACGACAGUUCCAAAUACCCGAAAUGUUCAGAAAGUUUCUUAGGAAUUUAGAACGAUGGAAGGUAUUCGUGAAUAUACGUAGUGUUUAGAGAUACCAUCGUCGUCGUCGUUGUCGUCUCCGUACAAGCGUACGGGAGGAAAUUUUUUUUCACCGUCGAUCGAAUACUUGGAAGUAAAGAUGUUGACACGGCACGGUAUAAUCACAGAGUCUUCUCACGUCGAGGCAGUGCCGAUAAAUUUGGUUGCUACCGAAGAUGGCCGAACGCUUUUAGCAGUGACAGAACACAAAGACGGUAUGUUGGAAAUCGUUGCAACUCCGGUCACGCUCAUCGGUCAAAGUGGCAUGGCCACUUCGUUGAUGGAUGUGAAAAAUUUGAGUGGAAAUUUGAUACUGCAAUCUCCUGGAUUUCACAUCAGCUUGGAAGACAUAGAUGGAUCAGUGUUCCAACAGUCGCAGCAGAAUUUCGAAAUCGAUCCUGAUAUUCCUGAACCGGAUAAAUCGCGAUCGCAUUUUGAUGCAAAACACGAAACUUCCUUCGCCUGUCAUUCUAUCGAUAACGAUUUGUUAUUCAACGAAAAGGAUAGCGAAAUUCAAAACGAAGCACAGUCGACUAUUGUGACAAAAAAAAAUAGCCCUGGAAGACCCAGAAAAAGCACCUCGAUUUCUUCCAAAGGCAAAGAGAGUUUAAGAUGCGAUAUAUGCCAGCAAGAAUUCACCAAACAAACAUUGUACAAAAGACACAUGGAAAAUCAUGCGGAGGAGAAACCACAUCGAUGUCCAAAAUGUUCAGCCUCGUUCAAUGUACCGACCAAUUUCACGCUCCAUAUGGCAACGCACAACACUGGCGAACCAAAAUGUCCCGAAUGUGGUCGAAAGUUCGCAAGAAUGGCAAGCCUGAAGUCUCACAUGUUAUUGCACGAGAAAGAAGAGAAUUUGUUCUGCACAGAAUGCGAAGAUGCUUUCUCGACCAAAGCUCAAUUGGAUGCUCAUUUGAAACUUCACGGAGAGAAAUGGAUAACCGAAGAAGCACGAAAGUGCAAACUGUGUAAUAAACAGUUUGGUCAACCGGCUCUGUACAGGCUUCAUAUUCGUGAACAUUACAGGUUACAGACAAAAAUAGUGAAACAGACGAAGAGGGGAGCGAAACACAAGACAAUGUACAAAUGUACGAUAUGCUUAAAGUCCUUCCAGAAGCCAAGCCAAUUGAUGCGUCAUAUUAGGGUUCAUACGGGUGAAAAACCUUUCAAGUGCACAGUAUGCGGUCGCGCGUUUACACAGAAGAGCUCUCUGCAAAUUCACACGUGGCAGCACAAUGGUAUCCGACCGCACGCGUGCGAGCUUUGUAACGCAAAAUUCAGUCAGAAAGGUAAUUUGAAUGCUCAUAUAAUGAGAGUCCACAACGUGCCAGAGGGAGAACCUAUAUAUGGAUGCAAUUAUUGUUCGUGCGUAUUUAAAAAGCUUGGCAGUUUAAACGGUCACAUGAAACGCAUGCACAUGGAUGUGAACGAGGAGAUCGUCACCGUCGACGACGCGGAAUCGGCCGACGCGAUGGAGUCCGACAUCCGCGCCACCGUGGACAACGUUAUGACCCAACUGGCAUCGUUGGAGUCGAGCGUGAACGAGAUAAGAAAACCGACGAACGUGGACGCGAGCAUGUUGUCGGGAAUGGCGACGAAAAAGGAUAUCUUGCAGCAGGCGUUGAAAAACAGCGGUCUUCCCAGUAAAAACAAAACCGUCUGCGAAGGUACAUUGGAAACGAAGAAGCUCGGGACUCGUACUAAUUUCGUCACCUUGUUGGACCGUGGACCGGAUGGCGGCACCAGAAAAUAUUUGACGAUAAAGCAACGUUGCGUGGGAAACGCGAGGUGGUACGCGUGCAACUUCUGUCACAAGGAAUUCAAGAAACCGUCGGACUUGAUACGCCAUUUGCGCGUGCACACGCAAGAAAAACCUUUCAAGUGUGCACACUGUUAUCGUUCGUUUGCUUUGAAGUCUACAAUGAUAGCGCACGAACGCACCCACACCAGUACCAAAAGAUAUGCUUGCAGCUCUUGCGAUAAAACAUUUGCGUGCCAUGGUAGUUUAGUUGCCCAUACCAGAUUGCACGCGAAAUCUAAGGAUUAUUUCGGGAAAGCUGUUGGCAACGAUGAGAACGUCAGUGUAUUAGACGUUUCCUCUAACAACAAGCCUAAAACCCAGUCGAAGAGCAAGUCAAAGAUAUCGCCGGAGGCGGAGAGUCUGGUGCGCCAAGUGGUGUUGGAGGAACCAUUGGUGAUCAGCGACACUGGUAACAAAAUCUGCGUCGCUCGGGUACCUUCCAAGGAGAAAAGAGCCUUCGACGCGGCGACCGAUCCAGCCAGACCGCACAAAUGUUGGGUGUGCCAAGCUGCGUUCAGAAAAAUCAGUCACCUGAAGCAACACCAUCGUCGACACACUGGAGAACGUCCGUACACAUGCACCAAGUGCGACAGGAGAUUCACGUCGAACAGCGUCCUGAAGUCUCAUCUCCACACGCACGAGGAUUCGAGGCCGUACGGUUGUUCCAUCUGCAACGCGAAGUUCUCAACGCAAAGUAGCAUGAAGAGACAUCUAGUUACCCACAGCAACAAAAGGCCGUACAUGUGCCCGUAUUGUCACAAGACGUUCAAGACUUACGUAAAUUGCCGGAAGCAUAUGAAAAUACACAAGCACGAGUUGGCGCAACGGCAAUUGGAGGAACAAAAGAGCGGAAUGCGUGAACGUGACACGGACAAGAUGAACGCCAGAGAAUGUUCGAAACAGGGAACAGCUACGGGGACGUCUGGUUCCCCGUCCGAUUUCACAGCUACCAACACCACUGCCGUCGCUAUGGCCACGUCUACCGCGACAAUCGUCACGUCUCCGUCGUCCACGUUCUCUGAUAAUCUUGCACUGUCUCGUCUGGGGCCAGUGGAGAUAUCUUUUCAACCACAUAUGGGAACAGACUUCUCCCAAGCUUUCCCCGAUCAAUUUCAACAGGUAACCGGGGACAAGGACAGAAUGAGGUCGCUUUUACCAACAAGCUGCGACACUUCGACAAUCAUCAACCAGAACAUGUCGGAAGUGGCGGUAACGAAUCUUGAAAAUUCGCAGAUGUUACACGCUGACGAGGCUGGUUCGGUUACGUUACCCGUUUAUUCUACAGAGCAAGCUCUCACACCGGAGAGCAUACGAGAAAUAGAAGAAACAUUGAAUCAGCAGCUGUUUAACAUGGGGAUGAAUCUCAGUCUAGGCAGUAAUCAUUCGAAGCAUUUAAGCGGUGCUAACAACGAUCUUGAUAAUUCGAAAGAACAAGAACAACCUGUGUUGAAUGUUAUCUACGAGAAUAACAACAACAACAGCAGCAACAAUAUGGAGUCGUCCGGGGAUCAUGUGUUCGCGUCGCAGUUAGACUCGUUUGAGAUGGAUCACAUCACGUUGCAAGCGGACACUGAAAUUGGCCUGGACAGUAUCGGAUUGAAUGCGAGUAAUUCGACGAGUAUGGCGAGUAUCCUGCCUAGAACCGCGAAGGAGGAACACCGUCUCUCCGUUUCCGUUACGUCGCACGAGAAUAUGAACAGUGACCAAUCUGGUAGGUGUAUGCAGACGGUAGUGCUCAUUUCGGAGCAAACUCUUUCAGGCAAGGAAGGUACGGCGAACGAACUGGAAAUGGAAGAGACAGAUAGAGAUACUGGCCAGGAACGAUGCACGAUCGAUCGUAUACUCUUAACAGAAGAGUAUCGAGGAACGACGCACGAUUCGAAGGUUCCGUUAAAGGUGCACCCGAUGCCGUCCGAGAUCCCAGGAACCAUCGAUACCAAUCAGAGCCAGGUAUCGCCGGGAGAGUCUCUGUUGCAGUGUCAUAUGUGUAGUCAGCAAGGAUUUACGGCAACCGGGCUAAAGGAACACUUGAAGAUUCAUCGUGGGACGAAGGAGUACCAGUGUACGGAAUGUUCGUUAAGGUUCUGCACAAACGGUGGACUGAACAGGCAUUCGAAGACACAUGUGAACAAACAACCGUGGAAGUGUCAGUCCUGUGAUAAGUACUUCAAUAAUAGAACACAGCUUCGAUCGCACAGCAGGAUACACGAGACCUCGACAUGGAACGCUAUUUCGUCGGAAAUGAACACCGCCGCUUCGGAAAAUUCGGUUUCGUCGGAGAUGAGGACGGUCGUAGCUGCUGAUUCGUUGCUGAACGAUAUUGUGAUAGAGCCGGAUUCCACCGUGUCCGAGAGAGUCCUGCUGGACACGGUAGCGGAGAAGGAAGUGAUGGAUAGACUAAAAAACGUUUUGAUGGAGAAGAAGGUUCGAAAGGAGUAUACGAACAAGUGCAAAUACUGUCCAAAAACGUUUCGUAAACCCAGCGAUCUGAUAAGGCACGUACGAACGCACACUGGCGAACGGCCGUACAAAUGCGAUUAUUGCAGCAAAAGUUUCGCCGUGAAGUGCACCUUGGACUCGCACACGAAAGUUCACACGGGGAAGAAAACGUUUUGUUGUCACGUUUGCAACAGUCUGUUCGCGACGAAGGGCAGCCUGAAAGUUCACAUGCGAUUGCACACAGGUUCGAAACCAUUCAAAUGCCCUGUCUGCGAUUCGAGAUUUCGAACCUCGGGUCACAGGAAGGUGCAUUUACUGAAGCACGCGCGAGAGCACAAGGGCAGUCCCAAAAGGAAACAGAGGCACAUGAAAGUCGCCGCCAUAGCGGAGGUCGUGGCUGACAUCACAAAGUGCAACGACACGGGCGAGGAGAAGAUGAACAGCUUUGCGCAGGAGCAGCAACUGCAACACGAGCAACUGGCGCAGACAGCCACGACAGACUACCCCCACUUGGAGACGAUCAGCGUGGACACAGCCACUGCCUGCUUGGCCGACCAAAUCACCUUCGACGCCGACGGUACCGCCAUACAGAAUGGUAAUCCGGUGCUAUCGGUAACGGAGGGCAAUCAGUUGGUAGCGAACUUGAAUUUCCUUCUGGCGAACGGUCUCGUCACCAUUCAAACCGAGGAAUCGUUAUUGCCCCAAUCCCCACCCACUAUGUCUCACAAUCGUUCCACGAUGGUCACCGAGCCCGCGUGCGUGUCCACUCUGAACAUCGCGUCUGGGAACGGGAACGACGAGGCCAAGGAAACCAUUCACAUAGGGCAAAUGCUGAAAGCACAAUUAUCGCCGUAUCAGCUCCAAUCGAAUAAUUGUCUGUUAACCGUGGCAGCCUCCGCGCAGUUGGAACCGUUCGCGAAAGUCGCGACUCUCGAGAAGCCCUUGUCGACGCCGGGCAAACCAACCGCGAAAGGUAACUCGUCCAAGAAGGAGUGCGACGUUUGCGGGAAAACGUUCAUCAAGCCGUAUCAGGUCGAACGACACAAACGAAUCCACACGGGCGAACGACCGUACAAGUGCGAGUUGUGCGCGAAAUCGUUCGCUCAGAAAUCAACCUUGCAGAUGCACGAGAAACACCACACGGGUGAUCGACCAUAUCCGUGCCCCCAUUGCGAAUAUUCCUUCACGCAGAAAGGCAACCUUCGAACCCACGUGAAGCGGGUUCAUCAGCUGGACACCGUGGACGCGAAGAAAUUGAAACGCACGCGUCAAACCUUUCUCCCCAAGACGCUUCAGGAUAGCUUCACCGAGUCGAAGAGUCUCAAUUUGGAUGAUAUAUCGUUCGUUGAAUUCCUCAAGUAACGGGUUUUCCAACUAGAGCAACGGAAGUUGGAAUUACGAAAUAAAAUUGAAACCACGAAAGAUCAUUUUAAUAAUUUCAACGCGUUAACUGUGUAUCUCUCUACAGUAAAUUGAAAAGCACUGUCGAAUACAAAUUGCACAUGACUCGAUAACAAAUAUGUCGGCUAUGAUAAUUCUUAAAAUUCUAUUGCUCUUAUUAGGAAACCCUGUAGUAAUAUCCGGUCGAAGUACAUCAUUUUCCCUUUAUUUUUGGUCGUCGACGGACAAACGAGAAGGGUACAAUGUCGAUCGAACGACAGAGACAAUAAACUUUGACGUUCUUCCCUAUAUACGCUAACGAAUGACGAGUCAUUAGGUAGUUUGUGGUUUUCGCGAGCUAAAGUAUUCGCCGUGUUCGAUGUACAGAAUACAUUCGAUUGCCAGUGUUUGUAUAAAAAUAAAAAGAAAUUUGUAUCAUAUAAUACGCGUUUGAGGUUAGUUUCGUUCAUCGAGCCGUUGAUACUAGAUCUACCGAGGGGGUCAAAAUAACUUGUUUCUCGGAUAAGAAUUAUCAAAUCUAAUCAAUUACGUUUACUCGAUCAUUAAAUAUCUUAUUCUUACUACGCUUUGCAU